AUAAAGACUAAAAUGUACAAAAAAAUAUAUAAAUUAGUUUGAUGAUUCCGACUGAUCAAAUGGAUUGUCAUGUCUCUUCACUGAUUGGGGAGAAUCAGUUGGUAGGGUUGAUUGAAACCUAUCAGUCAACUGAACAGGCUUGGCUCUAGAACGGAGUUAAUGACGCGUAAUAAAUAGUAAAGAGUGAACUAACUUUGAAAAGUUCUUCUUCUUGUGAUUUGCUAACUUUGCAGUCACGGGUGUCAUCAGGUUAUCAGUUGGUGAAACAAAUGAGUUAGAACUGUUGUAAGUGAUGAGCUUUGUAUAUUAAAAUAAAAGGUAAAUAACGAACGUUUGCUUUAACUUUUGAGCUAACAACGCCCUUUGACCUGCACCUUUAUCAUCAUUUUGAUCCUCAACAACUGCAGCUGCCUCUGGGUGGUGUAAUUGCUCGACUGGGUUCUCCUUAUUAUCCAUUAAGCUCGUCGUCGUCGUCGUUCGUCAAAGAGUUUAUAAUAUAAAUAAUAUAAAUAUUAAAAAUAAAAAUUUAAUUAUAUUUUAUCACUGAUAGUUAUAUGAUAUAAUUUCUCUUCUUUAAAUACCAUCAGCCAUGACUACAAAGCCACCAACUAAUAAACCAAACGAUAAGCCCAGGAGAAAGAUCUGUGUUUUAGGUAGCAGGAAUGUUGGUAAAUCCUCGCUAGUUGUUCAAUACGUUGAAGGUGUUUUCGUCGACUCUUAUUACCCCACUAUUGAAACUACCUUCACGAAGGCUAUCAAUUAUAAAGGUACUGAUUACGAUUGUGAUAUUUUAGAUACCGCAGGUCAAGAUGAAUACUCUCUUAUCAAUUCAAAGCACGCUAUCGGUAUACACGGUUAUAUGCUAGUCUUCUCUUUAGCUUCAAGGGCUUCUUUUGAAAUGGUGGCAACCGUUCACGAUAAGCUUCUAGCUUAUCAUGGUUUAGAAGAACUUCCUGUCGUUGUUAUCGGCCAAAAGAGCGAUCUUGUUCAACAACGUGUCGUAGAUAAAGAAGAAGCUCAACAAAUGUCGAAAGAACUCAACGCUUCUUAUGUUGAAGUCUCAGCUGCAGCGAAUGAGAAUGUUUCUAAAGCUUUCGAAUCCAUGCUCGCUGAGAUCGAGUCUAGAAAUCUCCCCCCUUCCGGAGAAGGUGGCAGUCAAGGUAAAUGCGUAAUACAAUGAAAUUUCGACUGUACAAUCCUUAAAUCCUGUUUUGUAUUUAUUUCUUUUCUUCAAUUUGUUCUUUGUCUUUUGGAAUGGUAAUCAAAUGUCCCAUACGUUC